GCAGGAGUGAUGGUGCCAGCCUGAGCUGCUCCGGCUGGCCCGAGGCGGGCCCCGACCGGUCCCGCCCCCUCUCCGGCCAAUAACAGCGUCCCUCCCGGAGGCCCCGCCCCGGCUGCCGCUGGCUCCCGGCCAGGCCUCGGGUUGCCGGGGGUGUGGAGCGGGCACCAUGGGCCCGGGCUGGGAGCUGGGACCCGCUGCCGGCCAGUCGUUACUGCUGUGCGCGGCGCUGCUGGCCACGGGCUGCGCGCUGGGCCUGCGCCUGGGCCGGGGCCGGGGGGCUGCGGACCGCGGAGCGCUCGCCUGGCUUUGCUACGACGCCCUGGUGCACUUUGUGCUGGAAGGCGCUUUUGUCUACUUGUCUCUAGGGGGAAAUGUUGCAGAUUCCCAAGGCUUGAUUGCAUCUUUAUGGAAAGAAUAUGGCAAAGCUGAUGCAAGAUGGCUUUAUUUUGAUCCAACCAUUGUGUCUUUGGAAAUUCUGACUGUUGUCCUGGAUGGGUUUCUGGCCUUGUUCCUCAUUUAUGCCAUAGUUAGGGAGAAAUAUUAUCGGCACUUCAUACAGAUCACCCUGUGCACCUGCGAACUCUACGGUGGCUGGAUGACCUUCUUCCCAGAGUGGCUUAUCGGAAGCCCCAGUCUCAACACCAAUAGUUGGCUCUACUUUUGGGUCUAUUUGGUAUUUUUCAAUGGUGUGUGGGUUCUGAUCCCAGCACUGCUACUGUGGCAGUCAUGGGUAGAACUGAAGAAGAUGUAUUUCCAGGGAGCCAAGUCAGAGAAAAAGCACUGGUGAAUUUUCAGAAUUAUAAACAUAGUGACUGUUUUGAUUCAGCAUAUUGAUCAGACAUUCCAAUCCAUACUUUGUUUUCCACGCUGUUAUUCCUGAGCAACCUGUUAAAAAUCGGUUGUAAGGUGGCAAAAUUUUGUUGUUCUUUGUUUUUUGUUUGUUUGUUUGUUUGUUUGUUUUUUGGGUUUGUUUUGGUUUUCUUCCGAGGUAGGGUCUCACUCUGGCCUAGGCUGACCUGGAAUUCACUGUGUAGUGUCAG